CUACUCUCGAAAGCCGAAUUCUCUUCUUCGCCGCAUGAACCUCUUCCAGAACGUCCGCGAGUACCUCACGCCGGUGCUGUCCGAGUCGGGCUUUGUGACCGACGGCGUGCUCACGCCCGAGGAGUUUGUCGCGGCUGGCGACCAGCUGUGCUACAAGUGCCCCACGUGGCGCUGGGAAGGCGGCGACGUCAGUGCCCGCAAGGCGUACCUGCCGCCGCACAAGCAGUUUUUGCGCACGACGGGCGUGCCUUGCCGGCGCCGCGUCACGUCGCUCGAGCAAGAUUACGCCGGCGAGACGGCGCUGGCCGACGACGAAGACAGCGAGUGGCUCGCAACGCACAACAACAAUACGACUGCGCUCCACGACGACGACCAAGUCGAGCGGCUGCAGCACAUCUCGCUCGACGCCGAGGCGCCGGCGACGGGCAGCGUCAACAUUCUCAGCGCGCUCGUCGACGAGCACUUUCAUAUCACGUCAUCGAAUGACGCGGUGCCGGAUCUGAGCUCGUUUGAAGACGCCGACAAUAUCGUUGAGGAUGACGAGGCGGCGCUGACGUAUAUUGCAGCGACUGAGCCCGAGCCGCUUGAGACCGAUGCGGAUGGCAACCUCGUGUACACGCGCACGUACGACCUCUCGAUCACGUACGACAAGUACUACCGGACGCCGCGCGUGUGGCUGUUUGGGUACGAGGAGAGCGGCGCGCCGCUCAAGCCCGACGACAUGCUCCAGGACAUCAUGCAGGACUAUGCCAACAAGACGGUGACGCUUGACCCGCACCCGCACAUGCCAGGUAUCCCCCAUGCGGCCAUCCAUCCGUGCCAGCACGGCGCCGUCAUGAAGCGUAUUGUGGCCAACCUCAUGGGCGGCGGCAAGGAGAUUCGCAGCGACCAGUACAUGUUUAUCUUUCUCAAGUUUCUCCAGUCGGUCAUCCCCACAAUCGACUACGACUACACGAUGGAAGUCGAAGCCAAGUCGUAGAUCCCUUGGCUUUUGGUUGCCAGCCUCUUCGACCUUACACUGGAAUAUAUACCGAAACGAUCGUCUAUACAGCGGUUUGAAAA